AUGGACAACAACAGCGCGCAGGACGGCCCGGCACCAGACUCAAAUCCUCGGGCGCUCGCAAUGUUUCCAGGGAAGGGUUUAGCGACAAAGAACGUGCGGUGCGGCGAGGCGACGGCUGGCACUGGUUUUGUGUUGCUUAUCGCAGAGGGCAAAGGCCGAAAGCUCGCUCGUAGCAAUUGGGGGUUUACAAAUGCAGAGAAGCACGCCUCCGCCUGCGCCGCGCACUCGAACUCGACCGCAGGUGGGCUGGCUGGUUUCCAGGCUGGCGGUUCGGCCCAAACAGAGAAUGGACGGCUCCAUGUCGACGAUGGACAGGACAGACUCCUCCCGUUGCCUGUCUGUUUCGGCUCCGAUAUCAGCCAUGGCCUCAUCAGCACACUCGCGGAAGUGCACACAGCAUGGGCAUACAGGGCAUGCCAUGCGCGGGCGCAAGAGAGAGCUCGGAUUUCUUCCGCCAGCGCGCACAUGGUCUUUGAAAGACUGGAUACCGUACACAUGACCGAAGGCAACAACAUCAAGAGGUCCAAAACGCGCAAGACAUCAAUCAAGAUUCCCGAUGCGAAAAGCAAUGAAGGAAUUUUCCGGACCUCGCCCAGGCGCGCUAUAGUAACACAUGCUGUCAGUACACAAUGUACUGUGUAUGGGACCCGGCAGCGUGGCAAGGGUGCCCGGCACGCCGAUCCCUCACGCAGCAGCUUCGUUCCAGGCCCUGCCUGGCGCGCCCCUCCCCAGCCGGCGUCUUGUCUCUGGGCCCUGGUAGUGGUCAACACUAGGCCCAGAUGGGCCAUGGCUCAUCGGCACCCUUCGGGGUCUGGACCCCCCCCCAUCUCUGGCUGUCGUCGAACCGGUGCUGCUCUCUUUGAGUCUUUUUCUGCCCUCGGCCGACGAUUUUUCUGCCCAGCCUCCCAAGGAAAGAUUGCUGCUGCCCGCCCUAGUAGCCGACCUGCUGGGACGCCACGCCAAUGUACCCACGAAAACAGACAGACUCUGUGCACCAACUUCGUACCUACACUGCCAGACUGUUGUUCUCUCUCGCCGCCCGAUGCCGAACCGGAGAGCCUCUUCUUUGACGGUGAGUCGUAUCUGCGCUGCAUCGAUGACGCUCAAGGCAAAUGA